CGGCCAUGUUCUCAAACCUUACAAGAUGGGCUGUAAGACGAAUGUCUACGGCAGUCUCUCCUUAUCCAUACUCCAAAGUUGCGACUGCCAUCCCUGAACCUAUACCGCCUACCGACGCGCUCCGAAAAGGCAAGGGACUCAUGGAACAUCUACGAAAAACGCUCGUUGCACCAGAAAAACGACACAUGGUCGAUGUCCUUUUCAGUAGACGACAUCCAGAACGUCUUCAACCGGGCUCCGUCCUGACUGUCCAUACGCACCAAGCGCCGUUUUCAUUUUCUGGUGUACUCCUCGCCGUACGUCGACGUGGUCCACAUACGAGUUUCACGUUACGGAAUGUGGUGCAGAAGAUUGGUGUGGAGAUGCAGUUUUUCGUGAACUCGCCGGAUUUGAAGAGUGUUUCGGUGAUUCAGAGGGCUGGUGGAGGAGGCGGGAGAGCUGGAAGGAGGAUGAGGAGAGCGAAAUUGUUCUAUUUGCGUCAUCAGCCGGAUAAGAUGACUGCUAUCUCUGCUGGAGUCCGAGGGUAGAUGCGCGGAUAGCUAGGGAGCAGUCAUAAAUUAUGCUGGUAUCCUUCGGGUUUUCCAGUUCGCCAAGUCACCAUGUAAUGCAAUCAUCUGUCUACGUCAUUUAAUCACAUCUAUUGCAAUGCCUUUAAGAUCUGUUCCCAGUCUAACAAAUC